UGUCCUGUCCAAAUGGGUGGCUAACAUACGAAGGCUCAAGGUCCUGUUAUCGUCUUGGAGGAACAUCAAAGAAGUGGAUUGAGGCACGAAAAGCAUGUUUUGCAAUGGGAGGGGAUCUUGUGAAAAUCGACUCUGCACAAGAAAACAACUAUGUGGCGCUCCUUGCGCUUGCGAUUCCGAAAAACAAUAACUACCUUUGGAUAGGACUUGUUGCAGACAAGAACCAUAAGUUCAUGUGGAUAGAUGGCACCUAUCUAUCUGGGCAGUAUUCUAACUGGCGAUCUGGUGAACCCAACAACGACGGAGGAGUGGAAAAUUGCGGUCAUUUGUAUUUGGAUUCUAUGACAUGGAAUGAUGACACAUGCGUACAAAAAAGUCCUCCGUUGUCAUACAUUUGUGAAAAGGAAAAACCGAAGCAUUUUAACUAA